AUGAGCAGUAGCCGCAGCAUUGUAAAGAUGGCGGAGGAAGAGCAAAGAAAAAAGAUCCCUUUGGUUCCAGAAAAUCUCCUGAAAAAGAGGAAAGCUUAUCAAGCCCUCAAAGCUACCCAGGCAAAGCAGGCACUUUUGGAAAAGAAGCAGAGGAAAGGAAAAGAGUUCAAGUUUAAGCGACUGGAAUGGUUUCUACACGAUGCCUGGCGGCAACAACGUGACAAAGUGCGCCUCAGACGACUAGAAGUGAAACCUCAUGGUUUGGAAGUGCCAGAUGAACAUUCCUUGGCCUUUGUUGUACGCAUCCAAAGGAUUAAUGGGGUGAGUUUAACGGUGCAGAGGACCAUUGCAAGGCUUCGCCUGAAGAAGAUUUUCAGUGGUGUUUUUUUCCAAGUGACCCCCAAAACCAUAAAAACACUGUGUGUAGUGGAACCUUAUGUGACCUGGGGAUUUCCAAAUCUGAAGUCUGUCCGGGAACUCAUCUUGAAACGUGGACAAGCCAAGGUCAAGAAUAAAAUCAUCCCUUUGACAGACAACACAGUGAUUGAGGAGCACCUGGGGAAGUUUGGUGUCAUUUGCUUGGAAGACCUCAUUCAUGAAAUUGCCUUCCCGAGGAAGAAUUUCCAGGUGAUCUCAGGGUUCUUGUGCCCUUUCCAUCUCUCCGUGGCCCGUCAUGCUACCAAGAAUAGAGUGGGCUUCCUCAAGGAAGUAGGCUCACCUGGCUAUCGAGGUGAACGCAUCAAUCAGCUCAUCCGACAGCUGAACUAAACCCAGAAUAUCUGAAAGCACAAUGCAUUGGAAGCACGUGUUUGCUUUUUGGAAUUAUUAUCCAGUAUCUUCAAAGGAGACUAUUUGCUGCUGUAUCUUCAGAAACUGGAGGGGAAGAGUCAGGGCAAAGAUGGCAAUACUCCUAGCAGGCACAUCUCAUCAUAACCCAAUUCCAAAGGAAAAGUCCCCGUGUUUUCCACAUUGGCGGCUGCUGCUGCCACCUCUGAAAUCAGCGAGGGAUUCGUGCCAUGGAGGGGUCCUGUUCCGUCACAUCUUCUAUCCAGGGGUUUAAUGUUGGUGGAUGAAUACCCAGGCACGAAUACAAGAUGGCAGUAUUCGUGCCAAGCAGGGGCACACUUGACCCUGGGGUUCCUAAGGCCUUGUUUUGGAAAGAACUUGUAAUACAGUUCAAAGAGCACAAAAACGGUGCUUAGUUGUCUCUGCUGUGAGUCUGUGUUCUAACUUUCCAGUGACAGCUUUGCAAGCUCUCAGGCUGGGCUGGCUCUCAGACUGUCUGGUGGCUUCCUUAACCUAGCCUGCACUGGGCUUAGUCCUUUACUCGAGCUCAGGAUUUUAACCCAUUGGAUCUGUGAGAAGGGAAGGACCCUUUCCCGAGGAAAACAUGCACAUACUCAGAUUUUUGCUUGGAAUUUCAGCGUGUUCAGACUUCUCUCAGGGACCUGUGCGCCUUCUGGGAGGAAGUCCUGCACUAUCAGGAUGGGUUCCCAGCCCGGACUUGCUAGUCUGGUUCCGUGUCCUGUGGAAGACCACGGCACCGCGAGCUUUUUACCUUCAAACCAGUGGGUGUUUCCUAUGCAAGGACACAGUGGUAGAGUGUGAGCCCCUGUGCAUCUGUAACUCAGGGAAAUGCCCUCCAUUUAUUUCUGCUGGGCUUCAGGGUGGCAUUUUCUGGUUUCCCCGAUGAUGAGUCCUCUACGUAAAAUACCCAAAUUAGGCAAAAGUAGACUGUUUUCUUGCUCUGGUAGGGAUGAAAUUAGCACUGUUUGUUUAGAGCCUUUCUUGCAUAUUCUAGACUCAGCUCCUCCAGAAGGGUUGCGCUCUAUCUUGCUGGUAAUGAUGUCAUAGACCAACACUCGGGCUCCUGGGGACGUUAGACCCGAAAAGAGUCCAGUCCAGCUUGUGUUUAUCACCAGUGUCCACCCCUAGGUGGGUCUUCCCUAGGUUCCUAUCAGUUGCCUGAACCUGCCAUAUAAACAGUAGGGGAGGGUGUGGCAGGCCCAGCUUAAGACUUGAAAACGUGUUUAGCCAUUGUGUGCCCCGGUCCCUGAAGAUCAUCUUUGCUGUGCAUUUGGCUCAUGGGGCCCCCAGACAUAGCUGUGAGAUUGAGUUAGUGGUAUGACAGUUCCUUAAAAUGGGCCAGGUGAGGAGGUAACUAAUUAGGUUGGUUGGCUCAAAAGUUAACCUGUCAGGAAUACGUGUUACUCGAAAGCGUGAAAUCAGAUUCAAGUGAUGUGUCAAAAAAGUCAUGGGAAAAGAGCAGUCGUGUGGACGCCCAGGGUUUAUAUCCCUGAUCUAUCUUAUACUAAAUAUGGGGGUGUUUCUACUUUUGCUUAUAAAGUAGGGCUAAUAAUGGUAGCCUGUUGGUCUCACAUGAGUAUUAAAAGGAUUAAGCAAAAUAAAUUUUUAAAUUGGAAUUCUCU